AUGGAGGAAAUAAUGAAUGUGUUGAUACUAGACGAACUAGCAGACGACUCUGUGGACCUUGCAUCGUUUACAUAUGCAUCAGCAGCAGUUAUCCAAUCGAGUAACACUGCUUUGCAGUUGAUGCUCGGUCAUCGCAAGGAUCCGACAAGAAUCGACAAUUAUUUUGAAGAAAUAGUUCCCUUUUACUCGAUUGUCGAAUUUAAGGGUCAUUUUAGGAUGACAAAAUCGUCGUUUGAGGCACUGUGUGGUCAUUUGGCAACUUAUAUCCCAGAGAGGAGUAUUUGCUUGGAAAAGAAAAUUCUUGCAACAUUAUGGUUGCUUGGCAACAAGGAGUGUUACAGAAGUGUGGCUGACCGCUUCGGCUUCAGCAAGAGUUCGUUGCAUGAAAAUGUUCUCAGUGUUGUUGAAGCAAUUGUUGCUCAACAGAAGAAAUUCAUAGUCUGGCCCUCUACUGCUGCAGAACUGAAGUAUGUUGCUGAUGGGUUUUUUAACAGAUGUGGUUUUCCUGGUGUGGUUGGUGCUGUGGAUGGGACACACAUACCUAUACCUGGGCCUUCUACACACAGGGAUUCCUAUACUAACAGGAAAGGCUUUCCAAGCAUCCAGCUACAGGCUGUUUGUGACAGCAACCUUGUCUUCCGGGAUGUUUAUGCUGGUUGGCCAGGGUCAGUUCAUGAUGCACGAGUCUGGCGAAACUGUCCGUUAAGCCAGAUUCUUCCAUCAUUGCCACCGAACCAGCAUAUCUUGGGAGACUCGGUCUAUCCCCUGUCAGUAAACUUGCUGGUGCCAUUUCGUGACAAUGGGCAUCUAAGUCAUAUUGAAAAGAAAUACAACAAGAGCCACUCCUCAACAAGAGUUGAUAUUGAGCGUGCAUUUGGCCUCCUUAAAUGUAAAUUCAGGAGGCUGCAAUUUCUUGACAUGCACCUGCAGAAUGAAAUCCCUAAUGUCAUUGUAGCAUGCUGUGUACUGCACAAUUUCAUUCUACAGAAUGAAUCUUCUGAUGACGAAGAGUUUGAUAUGCCAGAUGAUACCUGCUGUCCACCAGCAGAAGACAACUCUACUNUGAAUCUACUGAUGACGAAGAUGUUAGUGUAA